AGCGGGGCAACGAAUGUGUUAUAAAUACCGCCGGCCCAGGGACUCGCCUUCUUCAAAUAACAGCUGUCCUGGGACCUACGCCUUUCCUAAUCUUUCAGCUGGCUCGUGCGAAGGAGAACAGAACCCUAACCCUGGAAAGAAGGCCAGAGGAAGGAGAAGGAGAGGACGAGGAAGACUGAUCGGGGCGCGCGAGUGAGCUAGCUCUUUCGCUGAGGAGGCUUGUGUAAAGGUUAAAAGGAAAUCGUGAUCGACAAAUCAGGCUGAUCGAGGUAAUUCGGCAAAGAGUGUGUCCAUAUCCCCACCAUGGUUGCUUCAGUCGCCGCUUCGGCCUUUUUCCCCACACCAUCUUUCUCCUCCGCGACGUCGGCAAAAGCUUCCAAGACCAUCGGUGAAGGCGCCGAGAGUUUGGAUGUUCGGGGUAUCGUAGCCAAACCCACCUCUUCUUCAGCGGCUAUGCAGGGUAAGGUGAAGGCCCAAGCCGUCCCCAAGAUCAAUGGCGCGAAGGUUGGCCUGAAAACUGAAUCCCAAAAGGCUGAGGAAGAUGCUGCCAGCUCCUCAGCCCCGAGGACAUUCUAUAAUCAAUUGCCUGACUGGAGCGUGCUCCUUGCCGCCGUAACAACGAUCUUUUUGGCUGCGGAGAGGCAGUGGACCCUUCUUGAUUGGAAGCCACGGCGUCCCGACAUGCUUACUGAUGCAUUUGGCCUUGGGAAGAUCGUGCAAGAUGGACUAACUUUCAGGCAGAACUUUUCCAUCAGGUCAUAUGAGAUUGGGGCUGAUCGGACGGCUUCUAUAGAAACACUAAUGAACCAUUUACAGGAAACAGCACUUAAUCAUGUGAGGAGUGCUGGGCUCCUGGGCGAUGGCUUUGGUGCCACACCAGAGAUGAGUAAAAGAAAUUUGAUCUGGGUUGUCACCAAAAUGCAGGUCCUGGUUGGGCACUAUCCUUCCUGGGGGGAUGUUGUUGAAGUAGAUACAUGGGUUGGUGCAUCUGGUAAAAAUGGGAUGCGUCGUGAUUGGCAUGUUCGUGACUACCGAACAGGCCAAACUAUAUUAAGAGCCACCAGUGUGUGGGUGAUGAUGAAUAAACACACUAGGAAGUUGUCUAAAAUGCCCGAAGAAGUUAGAGCAGAGAUAGGGCCUUACUUUCUGGAGCAUGCUGCUAUUGCGGAUGAGGACAGCAGAAAGCUUCCAAAGCUUGAUGGUGAUACUGCAGAUUAUAUUAAAGGGGGCCUGACUCCUCGAUGGAGUGAUCUAGAUGUCAAUCAGCAUGUGAACAAUGUCAAAUAUAUUGGCUGGAUUCUUGAGAGCGCUCCAAUUUCAAUCCUGGAGAAUCACGAGCUUGCAAGUAUGACUCUGGAAUAUAGGAGGGAGUGUGGGAGGGACAGCGUGCUGCAAUCCCUCACUGCUGUCUCUAAUGACUGCACCGGUGGCUUUCCGGAAGCUGGCAUCGAGUGCCAGCAUCUGCUGCAGCUGGACUACGGGGCCGAAAUUGUGAGGGGACGGACACAGUGGAGGCCCAAGCGUGCCCCGGGUCUCGGGAACAUGGGGCCCACUUCAGCUGCUGGAAGUGCUUGAUGCGCUGCUUUCUAUUCUCAAUUGGAAAUUAGGGUCGGAGUGAGCUUAGUGGUGGGUUUAGUCUUUUCUUUUUAAUGAUUGCUCUUCUUCUGUAAAAUUCCAACUUAUCCAAUGUAGGAAUAGAGGCUCCAAGAUCUUAUUGCUUAUUAUGUUUGUUUGGGUUUUUUUUUUUUUUCUUUACUCUCACCAUGCUGACUUGAUUGUCAUUGGAUUCAUAUUGUAAGUAAUUAAGCAAUGCUGCUGCAUAAUUUUCUGCCAAAA